UCUCGCCCGCCGCUGCCGGAUUGUGCCGAAGAGGAGGGGGCGUUCCCCAGGCCAUGGCAUCCACAGAAGGUGCCAACAACAUGCCCAAGCAGGUGGAAGUGCGGAUGCACGACAACCACCUCAGCUCGGAGGAGCCGAAGCCCCGGCAUCUGGGGCUGCGCUUGUGUGACAAGCUGGGGAAGAAUCUCCUGCUCACGCUGACCGUGUUCGGUGUCGUCCUGGGGGCAGUAUGUGGAGGGCUUCUUCGCUUGGCAUCUCCUAUCCACCCUGAUGUGGUUAUGUUAAUAGCCUUCCCAGGGGAUAUACUCAUGAGGAUGCUAAAAAUGCUCAUUCUGCCUCUAAUCAUCUCCAGCUUAAUCACAGGGUUGUCAGGCCUGGAUGCUAAAGCCAGUGGCCGCUUAGGCACGAGAGCUAUGGUAUAUUACAUGUCCACGACCAUCAUCGCUGCGGUGCUGGGGGUCAUCCUGGUCUUGGCUAUCCACCCGGGGAACCCCAAACUCAAGAAGCAGCUGGGGCCUGGGCAGAAGAACGAUGAAGUGUCCAGCCUGGAUGCCUUUCUGGACCUUAUUCGAAAUCUCUUCCCUGAAAACCUUGUCCAAGCCUGUUUUCAGCAGAUUCAAACAGUGACAAAGAAAGUCCUGGUGGCCCCUCCGUCAGACGAGGAGAGCAAUGCCACCAGUGCUGUCCUCUCGCUGUUGAAUGAGACUGUGACUGAGCCGCCUGAGGAGACGCAGGUGGUUAUCAAGAAGGGCCUGGAGUUCAAGGACGGCAUGAAUGUCUUAGGUCUGAUAGGGUUUUUCAUUGCUUUCGGCAUUGCCAUGGGGAAGAUGGGCGAGCAGGCCAAGCUGAUGGUGGAAUUCUUCAACAUUUUGAAUGAGAUUGUAAUGAAGCUAGUGAUCAUGAUCAUGUGGUACUCUCCCCUAGGUAUCGCCUGCCUAAUUUGUGGGAAGAUCAUUGCAAUCAAGGACUUAGAAGUGGUUGCUAGACAACUGGGGAUGUACAUGAUCACGGUGAUUGUCGGCCUCAUCAUCCAUGGGGGCAUCUUUCUCCCCUUGAUUUACUUUCUAGUGACCAGGAAAAACCCUUUCUCCUUUUUUGCUGGAAUUUUCCAAGCUUGGAUCACUGCCCUGGGUACCGCUUCCAGUGCUGGAACUUUGCCCGUCACCUUCCGUUGCCUGGAAGAAAAUCUGGGGAUUGAUAAGCGUGUAACCAGAUUUGUCCUACCAGUUGGAGCAACCAUUAACAUGGACGGUACAGCCCUUUAUGAAGCCGUGGCCGCCAUCUUUAUAGCCCAGAUGAAUGGCGUCAUCCUAGAUGGAGGCCAGAUUGUGACCGUAAGCCUCACGGCCACGCUGGCCAGCGUUGGUGCAGCCAGUAUCCCCAGUGCUGGGCUCGUCACCAUGCUCCUCAUUCUGACGGCUGUGGGCUUGCCGACCGAGGACAUCAGCCUGCUGGUGGCUGUGGAUUGGCUGCUGGACAGGAUGAGAACAUCCGUCAAUGUUGUGGGAGACUCUUUUGGGGCUGGGAUUGUCUAUCACCUCUCCAAGUCUGAGCUGGACACCAUUGACUCCCAGCACCGAGUGCAUGAAGAUAUUGAAAUGACCAAGACUCAGUCCAUUUAUGAUGACAUGAAGAACCACAGGGAAAACAACUCCAACCAAUGUGUCUAUACUGCACACAACUCUGUCAUAGUAGAUGAGUGCAAGGUAACUCUGGCAGCCAACGGAAAGUCAGCCGACUGCAGUGUUGACGAAGAACCUUGGAAACGUGAAAAAUAAGGAUAUGACUGUCAGCAAAUUCUUGAAUAAACUCCCCAGCGUAUCUUAUGGUAAAAGAGGAUAUAAACAAGCUUUCUUUGAAAAGAAAAAAAAUACAUAUAUUUCUAUGUUUACUUAAUCUGUUAGCUGAGGCUUAGAGGAUCUGUUGUGAGUCAGUGAUAGGCACGGUGCUGUGUCUUUGCCAAAUAAUGCUUGGUAACCGUCUAAUUUUCUCACUUGUAUUAUUGUUUGAAUGGAUGCUGCUGCAGGAAUCAGUUUGAAUUGAAGACGCGUUCUUGCCAGCUUCCCUUUUCCCUCAAGAUGCAGAACCGUGGAUGCUCUUUUCCCAGGGGACACGACUGAAGCCGUGUGGCACAUUCCAGGGAUUUGGAUUAAUGGGCAGACAGUCAGUGUGUUACUCUUUCCAGUGUUCUCCAUGCCUCACCUUGUAACACACAAGAGAUUCUGUUAGAAGCCUUUAGAAGUAAAUCCCCUUAAAUGUCUUGUAGCAUAUGUCCUUGUGUUGAUUAAAACAAAGUACCCAUCUUAAGGUACAAUUUCUCUUCUGUACACGCUUUAAGUUACAUGGCUAAAUGUUUCAAAGAGAGUCAUAGUGGGAGCCAUAUCUUAAAGGUAGCCGGUUAUGGAACCCACUGAGUCUCUGCUCUACCCCAUCUAGUUUAUGGGGAUAAUUGUUGAAUUUCAAAGUAGGUCUCAUAAUUUGCUCUAAAUUUGAUAAGGGAUUAGGAUGUAAUUUACAUGUAACUUCUGUGUAUAUUGACAAAAGUAAGAGAGCACAGUCAACAUACAUUUUAACCAGAUUCAAAGAUUCAAAUUAGUUUUGUGUUUGGUUUGCAUCACCUGGCAUAGUGAAAUCAAGUGAGAUUAUUCGAUCUAUGCUUCAGUGUCUUUGUUUCGUUCAUACAAUUCUUAUUUGGGUCUCUACCAAAAAAAGACAUUCUUAAUCCCCAAAUUAUUUCAAUCAUAUUCUCAUCAAACUAGAAGGCUUAAUCAUUUUACUCUCCUCACAGAUGGAGGAUAGUUGGGUUGGCUGUGCCUCUUUUAAUACUAAUCUCAUGAUAAAAACAAAACCAAAACACUGUUUGUUAGUUAUCUAAUAUGUGGAAAGCUUUUUGUUAUAUUAUAUCAAAGCACCUAAAACCAGUUACAGGACACAGUUGGAAGCAGAGCCCAUCUUUUCCCCCAGUCUUCUCUGUGGAAAGGAACAGAAAACAAACAUAGGUGCAAAAUCCUAUAAAGGUGACAUUCUUAUGGCAAAGUCAAGGCAGCCUUGAACCAUGAAGUAGGAACAAAGGAUGACUUUACAGAACUUCACAGAUGGAAUCUUCUCAAGGCUGUGGAAGUUUGAGGGAAUACAUAAUAUAAUUGGAAUAGCCCAGUCGGUGCCUUGCAUGCUGUAGGCACCUCCAAGCUACAUUUUUCAAUGUCUGUACUAUCAUUUUCUGUUGAAUAACCCACAGUAUUUUCCUAAGGUUGCUGGCUUUAGGAGUUUUCUGAGGACUUGAGCAUGAAUCAUUGAGAAAUAAAGCACAUUUGACGUGUGUAGAACCUUGGUCCAAUGUGAGAGUAAGGUGUUUAUCUGCGGUCAGCAGAUGGGUGCUGAGAUAUUUAUGAAGAGUCAUAGAGUCCAGAUUUUCUUAGGAGAGGGUGUUUAUGGACAUACAUGCCCUUUAUUACCCACUCCUUGUGACUUUUCUCUUCCAAAUCAGAUACCUUUGGAACACACAAGAGACAUGAGAUUCUAGUAGUUUUGUCUCUUAAGCCCUAGUUGUUUUUGUUUUCUAUAAGAAUCAGUGUUGAGCAGUAUUAAGUAGUUUUUGCUUUUUUUUUUUUUUAAAUACAUUUGUCUUUAUUUUCAUUAGAUGGACAAUUAAGAGGGUGGCAAGGGCAUGCUGAAAUGUAGUAGUGGAAAAUGCAUCCUUUACAGCAGAUGUUGUGGGUCAAAGGGACAGUUCCGGAUUUAACUGUGAAACUGUUAAGGAUCACCAUUAAGUGGUGCUCCCAAGAGCUUUUUUAUGGUGAGGAGAAGGAUUUAGGCAAGGCAUCUAGGAGCUUGUGGUUCUGCUGUUUAACGCCAGGUUAGCACUUUUACACGCUGACAUGUUACUCAAAGGAGUGGUCUCAGGAUCGUCUUCCGAAGACUCUGCCUAAAAGUCUUCCCUGUUUGCUUGUCUUCAGCUUUUUCCUAGUUAUCGAGUUAACCUACAAAUAUACAAGGCGACAGCGUGUUCAGAAGAAACUAGGUGCACAGCUUAACAAAGCAGGUUUUUCAGGUUUGAAACUAUGCAGUAAGUUUCAUGAGAAUAUACUUAGGAAAUCAGUUCAUCCGGAAGUUCAACAAAUCAGUAAAAUAAGCAAUGUCUCAAAUUCAGGACUAGCCUGAAAACCCAGGAUGUAUGUAGAGCUGACGUGUGACUGUGCCCUCUGGUUUUUUUAGGCCUCAUUCAUUCUUCUCAUGCCAUGCCCAUCGGGGUUUUCCUUGCCCAGCAUAUGUGCUAUAAACAGAACAAAUAGAGUCAGAAUAUACCUCUAACAACCUUUUUCUAAACAGGAUAUUAUAACCUGUCAGUUAUAUGCAUAGAUUUAUUUUAAUAGGUCCAACACAAACAUGAAUGCUUGUAACAGUCCAUUCAUGUUUGACCAUGCAUAAAUGUUAUACUUGUAUACAGACAUGGCAGGCCAGAUACAGACACUGCAUCCCUUAAGUUCUGUUAAGUCAGGGCUUUGGCAACACCGUCUUUUAUGAACUCAUUCACUAUUUUUAGGAAUCAGAAUUGUUUCAGGAGAAAACCAACGAGGUAGACUUUUAUUCUCUCCUUUCUCAUUUAUGUCCUUUGGGAAACCCAAGUGGAGUCAUCAUUUGAUUACCUACUACAAUUCAAUGAAUCAAGUCCUAUCAGUGAAAAGAAUCGCUCUCAAGGCAAAGCUUUACCUUAGAUCUUUGAGGAUAUGCCUCCCAUGCAAAGAGCAUCAGACAAUCAAGGCAAUCAUCUAAAUCACACAGAUCUUCAAUAUAAAACUUCAGAUGAUGAGUUUUGAGCCAGGUAGCUGUCAGGUUUGAUUCUUCACUUCCUCUUGUGUGUGGAAACACAACCUAUAGCCUCAUUGCCUGCAGAAGUGGCCAUGUUCCAUAAAAUAUAAAUAUUUACUUCUCUUUACUCAUCAGCUUUGGAUGUUCAGGAAAGUCUAAAGAAAGGUUGCCAAAAUGCCUAGCUUUUGGAUUUGAACUAGUGGAAGCUGAGAAAGGCUUAGGGUAAAUUCAGAUUAUGGGGAGAUGUACUCCUGGUAGGUAAGGUCAGGAAUCCCAAUGACCAGUUGAAUAGAGGGUCUCAGAUCAUUUCCACUCGUGCACAGAGAAAUAUGUCAUUUGCAAGUUUAUAUCUAGUCAAGAAGCCCCUUUGGAGUUGGGUAACUCACCUACUGGAUCCCCAAAAGGAAACCCAAUCCUGCCAUGCUUUUGCAAAUACCACACUUCCCUUUGUUCCCAAUAGCAAAAGUUAUGGUACAAUAUUUCACUUUUGUCUGAAUCAAGGGUUCUGUCUGUGCUAUAUUUUCCAUGCAAAGAAGGUCAGAGAAUUAAGGCAAUCAUGUAGAUAGUACAGAUCUUCAUGAUCUGAACCAAGUAGCUAUUAGAAAUAUGGCAAUGAAUCCAAAUAGGUACCCACAUGCUCAGAGAGAAUACUCCAUAGUUCAGACUCUUGAUAAACAAGCCCCAGCAGCUCUUGCCUGGUGUGAUGACUAAAUGCUCAGAAGUUACACCCAGUGGAGGUGGCUCUUCCCACUUCGCUGCUCUCCAGUGCUUGGGGCCAUACAAUUGUGUGGGUUGCUGGUUUGGCUUUGCUUAUUCUCCAAAUAAAUUCAUUCCAAGCCAAGAAAAAGGAACAAAUGGGAUUUUUCAAUUAUUGUAAUACUUGCUCUUUCAAUAAGAUAUGACAGUCUAGGAGCCUAAAAAGAUUAGGUUUAAAAACAAAAGGCUUGAAGGAAUUCUGAAGUGAGAGUUUUGUAAGUCUAGUUGUCAGAGAAGAUAAAUGGUCUCAGUAUCUGGUAAUUUCUGGCUAAAACCGAGAAGGACCACUGAGUGCCAACCCAGGGACGUUGCAUUGUAGGCAGAUUGGUCUCCUUGGAUGGAGUGAGUUCAAAGCUGUUCAGGCAUCAGUUGCUUAUGAUUUUUCUGAAAAGAAAACCCAAUUUCCACUCUUCCUUUUCCUCCCUUCUUAUUCCAAUGAUCCUUAUUGCUGCUUAAGAGACAGUUUAAUAAAUGACCAUCCAACUUAGCGCAAGGGUUGGUUUUAGAAUAGAUGACAGGGAAUCUUAACUGAGUAGUGUCUUACUUCACUGCACAGCACAGCUAAUUCAGGGAAUGACAUAGAGGUGAGGAGAAAUAAUGCAGUUGGGUGGAGAAACUUUUGACUUAGACUCUGCCCAUUUUUAUUCAUAUAACUUACACAAGUGACUUUACACACAAGCUCCACUGAAGAAAAAAAAAGUGAAGUGCUGGAUUAAAUGGUUAAAACCCCCAUCCAGCCCCAUGAAACCACCGUAUAACGAUCUCUACUUUAAUUUCUUCUUUCAUAAGAGGCUUACUACUAUAACACAUUAGCUAUUUAUAUUGUAAGUCAGAGGGGCCCACAACAAUGAAUAAUCAAUUUGGAUUUUUCUCAUCCCCUUUGGGGGAAAUUAAAUUCAAGCCUCUCUCUUCAUCUGAAGUUUUACAACAAGCUUGGAAGAUGGCCAUGUUCAUCCACAGUUUGGUAUUUGGGGAUACAAACAAACUUCCUUUUAUAAAACUGUCCUUUGCCUAAGGCACUGUCCUAAUAGAAGUAGCAAUUCAGCUCAGGGAAAAAUGCUGCCAGAGUCAUCAUGAGGGGCCAGGAUGAACCUAUGGCCUGCCUCAAGGUCUUGCAUCAUUCCUCUUGUGGCAACAGGGCCCACUCCGAAUACCCUAAACACACAGUUUCCUCCAAACAGUCCUAAUUGCCAACCCAGUAUGGGAAUUUGGGAGCAUCUGGCAAAUCAACUUGAACACUCUUAUGAAACUGGUGCAAGACUUACGCAAAAACAGCGACUGUCUGUAAAUAUUCCCUUUCCACUGGUACGCAGACACGCACAGGGUGGGCCCGGGCCAACUCCUUUCUCUGGAGAGGUAUGCAGGGAUAUUUGGUUGAGUUCAUUUUCAAAUUUUCCUCUUGGUUUGCUAGUACAGUGGGCAUCACAUCACAGGUGGAGAAGGUCUAUCUUACAAGAAUAGACUUGUAUUGGUGAUCAUUGCCUUCUUCAAUGCCCAGAGUUUCUAGGCUGGAUAAAAUGCAUGGUCUGUCUGCAAGGUGCAUGUGACUGGCCAUGGCCUUUGAACAAUCUCUUGCACGUUCUGGUACUGCUGCAAUGGGCCACUGUUUGCAUCCUUGCUCUUUGUCCAAACUUCUGCUAAAUACGCAAUACGUUUGGUAUUAUUGUGUCGUGAGCACCUUUAUUGCCAGAGAAGACUUCAGCUCUGUAGAUGCGGGGCAGAGGGAUGUAAAGCUAGUACUAAAAGGAUCGAGUUAGUGUUUGUUUGUUUGUUCGUUUAAAUUUUUAGUGCAGAAGACCUGACACUAGAGCAUCAAGAAAAAGAUAUUUCUUAACGGAUCCAUAUAAGAAUGUAUGGAAAAGGAAGCGAAGCCCUCAAGUUCUUAUUUCAUUCACUCUAAAUAAUAUCCUGAGUAAUUACUGAUCAGCUUUUUUUUUUUUUUUUUCCAUGUCCAGCUUUGCCUCACCUUCUUACUUCUGGUGCAAAUAUCCAUUUUGAUAUUUUUUGAAGUCCUUCUGAUUAUUAUACAGGGCCCUUUUGUGCUGAGGAUAAAACCUGCUACUGGAACAGAUCCCGGUACCUUGCAGGGUCAGCAGUUGACCUAGAGCCUGGGUAGCAACAGGUCUCCAGUUCCUCCGGAGACACCUCCCAUCCCUGGGUGAGUGUUGGAACGUAACAGCUGACUGUGACCCUUGUCAUCGUUCCCCGUGGGGAUGGGGAUGAUGCAGCAGGAGAUUCGCUCCUUCUGGGGCUCCGUUUCUUCUCAUGGCAACCAUUUAGCUGCCUAGAAACAGCCUGUUGCCUUUGGUAGGAAAGAGAUGCACACACUAGCCAAGGAAGUUAGUCUAGCAUAUCUCUGAGUUUUCGCCUCCAUGGAGCAAAUUCUCUGAAGUGUAUGAUCAGAACGCUAGCACUGUUGUUGCUCACUUCUCCAGGAGAGUUAUUCUCCUUACUAGGAACUCAUCCUUUGGCAUCCAGAUCUUUCCAUAAACGACCUUCACUCCUUCCCUUCCUCCUUCCCCUGGGAAACCUCAGCAUUGCAUUUCCAUGUUGCACAAGACAGAUCAGGUAAUCUGCUCACUACAGAGAUUUGUAUAUAAAAAACUACUUUUGUGAGGAUUUUUGUAUAUUGUUUUUCUAUUUGUUUUCUACGGCUGGAGGAGAGAGCUGGCAAACUGUGAAUCUAAUUUGGUCUUGCUGCCCGCGGAUAUAUUUCGGCUUCCUGGUAAAAAUCUAUGUUACCAGGGACAAUAUAUUGCCCUCUGAUCAGUAUUGCAUCCCCCCCAAAAUUCCUCCAGUCCAACCUUACAUUCUUUUUUAAACAAAUCCGUGGGCUUCUUUGCUAUUAUUUAUAAAGAGCAUGAGAAAACAUAUUUAGAGUCCUGGAUAUUAUAUGGUUAAUAUUGAUUUAGCCUUUCAUUAUGUUAUAGGUUUGUAUCUAUUCUUCAUAAACCAUAAAGAACUCAGUGUAGACUGAAUUGAUCUAUUUAGUAUCUGUAAUUUUGCAGACAGAUAUCUUCUUAUGGUAUUUUCUAUAUAACCACAUAUGUAGAAUUACAACUAACUAAAGCACAAGACAUUUCUACAGCAAUUUAGAGCUGUCAGUUGUUUCCUGAGCAUACAGCCACAUUUGAAAAAUUUAAGAACCCAGUCCUUUGUGAUGCAAUGAACAAAAUGACCAUUAAGAACAAGGAGUCACUUCAAUCCCUUAGCUGGUUAGGAUAUGCAUUUAAACAAUUAGUCUUUUUAACUCCCGGAAUGGUGCUGACUCCUUAUUAUUUUUUUUAAAUUAAUUAAUUUAUUUAUUUUUGGCUGCAUUGGGUCUUCAUUGCUGGGCUUUCUCUAGUUGCGGUGAGCGGGGGCUACUCUUUGUUGCGGUGUGCGGGCUUCUCAUUGCAGUGGCUUCUCUUGUUGUGGAGCGCUGGCUCUAGGUGCACAGGCUUCAGUAGUUGUGGCAUGUGGGCUUCAGUAGUUGUGGCUCGCGGGCUCUAGAGCACAGGCUCAGUAGCUGUGGCGCACGGGCUUAGUUGCUCUGCAGCAUGUGGGAUCUUCCUGGACCAGGGAUCGAACCCGUGUCCCCUGCAUUGGCAGGCGGAUUCUUAACCACUGCACCACCAGGGAAGUCCCCUGACUCCUUAUUUUUGACACAAGGCCUUGUUUGCCCAGCUAAGCAUUCUAAUUUUGCUUUUCUCCAAGAAAAUGAGAAAUAAGGUGAUAAUAGUGGGAUCAUUUCUAUGUCAGAAUCUCCCAUGUCUUCCUAAUAAUUUACGUGAAAAUUGGUUUAGGAAAACUUUGAAUAGAGAGAUUGAGGGUGAGUGCAAGGAAGCAAAUCAGGACAGAUAUGUCGCAGUUCGUUCUUGCCAAGCAAAUUGGUGGUAAAUGUCACAUUGUUAUGUGAAUUGAGCACAUAUUUUUAAGAAAAAAAAUUACUGGUACCAGCUCUGAAGCAAUGCUCCAUCACUGGGGCUUUGAGUCACAUUGAAAUUGUUUAGAAGCAGCCCAGGUAGAUUCUGUCCUCAGGUGAGUAACAAUCUAUGUAAAUUUCCCCAAAAGGCAAAUCAAUAACGACUGCAAAGACAAGGGAGGAUCUUCCUUCCACCAAACACGCUUUCUGGUAUGGUUGUAGGGCUAGUAUUUUUGCUAUGUUUUAGGAGAAUAGUCAGUUACAUAGAAAGUGUACUGGUGUGUAUUUGAACCCGCCCCUCAUUGAGCAAACAGAUUAGAUGUGCCCUCAACUGGCAACGACUGUAUCUGUGAUUUUCAAGUACAGAUAGCUGUCAAGCAUGAAGUUCUUGUGUGUACACAGUAACACUUGGUUCACGCAUGAAGAACAGUGCCUAUGCACUUUGUGUAGCUAUAAUGUAGGUAUCUAUGUGUAAUUUCAGUGAAAUGGUAUAUAGAUGUAUUGUAAUUUAAUUUAAAUGUUAUUUUUGGCCGUUCAUCUAAGUGCAGUAGACAUGUUGGUUGUUGUUUUGAAAACCCUCCUUUUCCUUCUUAGAUAACUAGUAGUGAAUAAUUUUUCCUCUUCCUUAAAGUGACUUGGGAAUGUAUAUCAGUGAAGAACUUAUCUAUGAAUCCUUUGUACCGAUGGUUGUUUGAAAGUCUGUGUGUGUCCAGUAUCUUUGUAAAUAUGCAGUUCGGGGCAAAGGAGGGUUGAAUAUGUGUCAUGAUUCUUAGUGAAAGGUCAUCUGAAGUCUAUGUAGUGCCCGAUGAACGCAACUGUGGAACUUUUGAUUAUCUAGGCUUAGGUAGAGUUAGAAUGAGGACAUUUAUCUAUAGCCCUCCUUCGCUUGAUGGAUUGGGCUCAGAGAGACAAAAGGUUCGUCUCCUUCUGAGCAUGAGCAUGUUAGCAUCAUAUCCUUAGGUAAAGGUCUGUCUCUUUGGUUGCCAAAUACUGAUCAUGAUACUCAUGACUUAAAGGUUCUGAAGAGCCUCGUCCUCCUUGGUUUCUUGAGUCAGGGCACAGGAAAGACAUUCACUGACUAACUGCCAUGCAGGCAAAACCCCACAAAAGCACACUUCUGGUAGUAAAUUGCACAGUUGUCUCUAGAAAGAUAAGAGAAGCACAAGCAUGGUCAGUGUACAGCUUUGGGGUUGCAAAAAAAAAAAAAAAAAAAAAAAAACAACUGGUAAAGCACAGAUCCCACAUAUGUGAAGGGAGUAGGACCUCUACCUAGUAGGCUUUGUGUGUGUGUUUCAAGUGGUUGAAGAGGGGGUUCAAUGCAAUUAUAUACCUGCCUCCAAAACACACAUUCUGUCUAAUUAUCACUAAAUGGAAUGCUGUGGGGUCUAUAUUUCCUGUAACCCCUUUUUCCUCUGUAAGGACAGAGAAUGGCCAUGUGCAGCUGGGAACACUGAGUGCCCCUCUCUUUUCACAAGAGGAGUGAAGCUUAAGAGAUCCUCUGAGGGCACAAAGCACAUUAAUUUUCAGUGUCUUCUCCAAUGAUUGGAGUGAAGGAAUGUAAAUGUGAACAGACAGAUUUUUUUUCCCUAAGCAUGUGGCUUCUUCAACUCCCGUCAAAUUCAGGAUGAAACCUUACCGAAAGAAAGCUAACCUUUAGGCAGGAUUCCCUUUGAAGAUUCUUGUGUGUCCAGAAUGAAAGAUAAGAAUAAUUGUUUCCCUCACAUUCACAAUCCCCAUUGGUCUAAAGUCAUGUAACAAUAGAGCAUCUAUAGCACAUAGUGUUUAAAGACUAAUGAAUGAAAAAAGAUAAAAACUUCAACUAAUUUUGGGGGUGUUUCUUACAUAUGGUACUAGGAAAUGCCUUGUUGGCAAAGCACAUUUUGGGUAGUUGAAGUAUUUUGUUCUCACCUUUAGCUUUCUAAGCUUUCUUACAAUGUGGACUGAUUACUGUAACAUUACAUGUGUAAAAUAACUGGAUAUUCUUUAUAUACGGGAAAUAAUCUGUAAAUCCAAUAUUUCACUAAGUGUUUUAACUUUUAUGUAUAUAUCUCUCAUCAAUAAAUGUGGAUUCCAAUUUC